AUGCCCGGUCCUUGGCGGCGCCUCCGGACUCGGGUUUGGGAAUACUGGGCCGCGCUCCUGGCUUGCGCCUCUUGGAUCCAGGACUGCCAGGGGAUGCCCCAUGUUAUCCGGAUCGGAGGGAUCUUCGAGUAUGCAGAUGGCCCCAAUGCCCAGGUCAUGAAUGCAGAGGAACAAGCCUUCAGGUUUUCAGCCAAUAUCAUCAAUAGAAAUAGGACUUUGUUACCUAACACCACUUUAACCUAUGACAUUCAGAGGAUACACUUCCAUGACAGCUUUGAAGCUACCAAGAAAGCUUGUGACCAGUUAGCCCUGGGGGUGGUCGCCAUAUUUGGGCCAUCUCAAGGAUCCUGUACCAACGCGGUCCAGUCGAUCUGCAAUGCCCUGGAGGUGCCCCACAUCCAGCUCCGCUGGAAGCAUCACCCCCUGGACAACAAGGAUACAUUCUAUGUCAACCUCUACCCUGACUACGCCUCUCUCAGCCACGCCAUCCUGGACCUCGUUCAGUACCUGAAGUGGCGGUCGGCCACUGUGGUGUAUGACGACAGCACAGGCCUCAUCCGGCUGCAGGAACUCAUCAUGGCCCCAUCGAGGUACAACAUCCGCUUGAAGAUCCGCCAGCUGCCCAUCGACUCAGACGAUGCCCGGCCCCUGCUCAAGGAGAUGAAGAGGGGUCGGGAGUUCCGGAUCAUCUUCGACUGCAGUCACAGCAUGGCGGCUCAGAUCCUCAAGCAGGCCAUGGCAAUGGGGAUGAUGACCGAGUAUUACCACUUCAUCUUCACGACUCUGGAUCUUUAUGCAUUAGAUCUGGAACCGUACCGUUACUCCGGCGUGAACCUAACCGGCUUCCGGAUCCUAAAUGUGGAGAACCCACACGUGUCCGCCAUAGUGGAAAAAUGGUCCAUGGAGAGGCUCCAGGCAGCUCCCCGCGUGGAGUCAGGGCUGCUGGACGGGGUCAUGAUGACAGACGCUGCCUUGCUGUACGAUGCCGUCCACAUUGUCUCUGUUUGCUACCAGCGGGCCCCACAGAUGACCGUCAACUCUCUGCAGUGCCACCGGCACAAAGCCUGGAGGUUCGGAGGACGCUUCAUGAACUUCAUCAAAGAGGCCCAGUGGGAAGGUUUAACCGGACGGAUUGUUUUCAACAAAACCAGUGGGUUGAGGACAGAUUUUGACUUGGAUAUCAUCAGCCUGAAGGAAGAUGGCCUCGAAAAGGUGGGGAUCUGGAGUCCUGCUGAUGGCCUGAACAUCACCGAGAUUGCCAAGGGGAGGGGCCCCAACGUCACAGACUCUCUGACCAACCGAUCCCUCAUUGUCACCACUGUCCUGGAGGAGCCAUUCGUCAUGUUCCGUAAGUCGGAUCGAGCGCUCUUUGGAAAUGAACGCUUUGAGGGCUACUGCAUCGACCUGCUCAAGGAGCUGGCCCACAUCCUGGGCUUCACCUAUGACAUCCGGCUGGCGGAGGACGGGAAGUACGGGGCGCAGGACGACAAGGGCCAGUGGAAUGGCAUGAUCAAGGAGCUCAUCGACCACAAAGCAGACCUGGCCGUGGCCCCGCUGACCAUUACCCACAUCCGGGAGAAAGCCAUCGACUUCUCAAAGCCGUUCAUGACUCUGGGCGUCAGCAUUCUGUACCGCAAGCCCAACGGCACCAACCCUGGCGUCUUCUCCUUCCUCAACCCCCUGUCCCCGGACAUCUGGAUGUAUGUCCUGCUGGCCUACCUGGGGGUCAGCUGUGUGCUGUUCGUCAUUGCCAGCUCUGAGAGACUCCUCUGGAGAGGCAAUUUGAGAUCCAAGUUCAGCCCCUACGAGUGGUACGACGCUCACCCCUGCAACCCAGGCUCCGAUGUCGUAGAGAACAACUUCACCCUCCUCAACAGCUUCUGGUUCGGGAUGGGGUCCUUGAUGCAGCAAGGAUCGGAGCUGAUGCCCAAAGCUCUGUCUACACGCAUCAUCGGUGGCAUCUGGUGGUUCUUCACGCUGAUCGUCAUUUCGUCAUACACCGCCAACCUCGCGGCCUUCCUGACUGUGGAGCGCAUGGAGUCGCCCAUCGACUCGGCCGAUGACCUGGCCAAGCAGACCAAAAUCGAGUACGGGGCGGUCAAGGAUGGCGCCACCAUGACCUUCUUCAAGAAAUCCAAGAUCUCCACCUUCGAGAAGAUGUGGGCCUUCAUGAGCAGCAAGCCGUCGGCCCUGGUGAAGAACAACGAGGAGGGUGUCCAGCGGGCUCUGACGGCCGACUACGCCCUGCUCAUGGAGUCCACUGCCAUCGAGUACAUCACCCAAAGAAACUGCAACCUGACCCAGAUCGGGGGCCUCAUCGACUCCAAGGGCUAUGGCGUGGGCACGCCGAUGGGCUCCCCAUACCGAGACAAGAUCACCAUCGCCAUCCUGCAGCUGCAGGAGGAGGACAAGCUACACAUCAUGAAGGAGAAGUGGUGGAGGGGGAGCGGCUGCCCAGAGGAGGAGAACAAGGAGGCCAGUGCCCUGGGGAUCCAGAAGAUUGGGGGCAUCUUCAUCGUGCUGGCCGCCGGCCUGGUCCUCUCCGUGCUGGUGGCCGUCGGGGAGUUUGUCUACAAACUCCGCCGAACUGCCGCACGCGAGCAGCGCUCCUUCUGCAGCACCGUGGCCGACGAGAUCCGCCUCGCCCUGACGUGCCAGCGCAGGGUCAGACACAAGCCGCAGCCGGCCGCCAUGGUCAAGACCGACGCCGUCAUCAACAUGCACACGUUCAAUGACCGGAGGCUCCCGGGGAAGGACAGCCUGGCCUGCAAUACCGGAUUGACACCCGUGUUUCCCUAGGCCCCGGUGGGGGGAGGGGAG